AUCUGGGUACGUUGACAGUUGGAGACAGUUAAUUACUGCGACGCAGCUCCCCUGGAAGCUAUAACCCGACGAAAUUCGUAGCGGCAGAAGGUCGUAUCCGGCUCCGUUCCUCCGCCAUUAUCGGCGUUGCUCGUCUCCUGAGCUUUUUUUGGGUUAUUUUGUGAAAAUAUAUUUUAAGGCGCGCGCUUUGGUUUUAUCAGCCGUUAUGGCUGAGUGGCAGCAGUACCUGCAAUCGGUGUUUUUUGGCGUUGUUUUCUCAUUCGUUCUUGCUAAGCUGUUCUCGGUGAUCUUCGCCUUCCGCGAAGAAAACCUCCGCAUCACGCGCUCGCAUCAAACCGAAGCUGAAGACGACUCCAAGCGCCAAUUUGAUGAAAAAAUCGCGAGCUCAUCGGGCAGGGUUUUAGAAGAAAAUGAGCCAUUAUUGGGUGAUAAUGAAGGAGCGGUUAAGAAGAGUGCAGUAAUCAAAGAUCACAGUGAUAGUGAUGACGACUGGGAGGGCGUCGAGAGCACUGAAUUGGACGAAACAUUUAGUGCCGCGACAGCGUUUGUGGCUGCAAAAGCAGCAGAUCGUGCAGCUCAGAAAGUGUCGAGUGAAUUGCAGUUGCAGCUUUACGGAUUGUAUAAGAUUGCUACCGAAGGGCCUUGUUCUGCAUCCCAGCCGUCGGUUCUUAAGAUGACUGCUCGUGCCAAAUGGCAAGCAUGGCAGAAUUUGGGGGCCAUGCCUCCUGAAGAAGCAAUGCAAAAGUACAUUGACAUUGUCACUGAGUUAUAUCCCUCAUGGGCUGCCAGUUCAGUAAUUAAGAAAAAUGAUCUAGAGAGCAGCAAUGCACCUAAUUCUGGUUCCAAAGGGCCCAUGGGACCUGUUUUUAGCACCUUUAUACAUGAAGAGGAACCUGGAUGUGAGUUAAAAUUGGAUGCUAUGCAUGCAUUUGCACGAGAAGGAGAUGAAGAGAAGCUACUUAAGUGUAUCGAGAGUGGUGUCCCCUUGAAUCUGAAGGAUGGUGAAGGUCGCACUCCAUUGCAUUGGGCUGUAGAUAGAGGGCAUAUGAAUGUUGUAGCAUUGCUUUUGGAAAAGAAGGCUGAUCUUAAUGCUGAGGAUGAUGAAGGUCAAACUGUAUUGCAUUAUGCUGCCAUUUGUGAGAGAGCUGCCAUUGCAAAGUUACUUGUGGAGCAUGGUGCUGAUAUACAGAUCAAGGAUAAAGAAGGAAACACUCCUGCCGAUGUUUGUGUGUUGAGCUGGCCCUGGAUGCAACGUGCUUCUAAUGUGGCUGACUGAUAACAUUUUUCAAAUUUCCACCCGUUUACUGAUCAGAUAAGCCCAUCCCUGUGUAUAAUUAACUUUCAGAGUUAUUCGUAUGUCCCUACGAGUUGUGGUUUUUGUCAUAUUUAACCUGGGCUUUGAUCAUAUCUUGCCUUCUAAACGAUGGUGGCUUUUGGAUUCCCUACUGAUCCUAUUUUCUUUACAAAAUAAAGUAAACUUUGCA